CAGAAAUCCGAUAUGCUUUGUCCAGAAGUCCAGAAUGCACUGCCCAGAUCCUCAAUCGUCUCUUCGGUCGGUUGCUGACUUCAAAUGGAAUAUUUCCUGGACAUCUGACGACACUCAUGAUAGUUGCUGGAUCACUUGUUUGGGAGAUCCUACUAGUGUUAUGUGUGAUGAGGUCUUGGAACGAGCACCGUGUUCAAACUUGGCAUGUAUUUCGUGCCAGUCCUACCAUUGUGAUCUGAAGCUGGUUGAACACAGAAGUCGAUCAGAAGAUAACAGGCGUUUUCGUGGACGAUCUGUACCCAACCGUGAUCCGUGUACUUUGGCAAACGAUCCAUUUUUUCGGUCAUGGUCCAUGUGUAUCUCAAGGACACCCUCAAGCCCCAGUACGGAAUCUCCUUCGCCUGGUUCGAUCUCCUCUGGCGGAUGUGCACGAUCUCCAUCUUGUCAUCACAAGCUUCCACCAUCAGAUUCGCGGAUUUCCACCGACUGUUCGGAUAAAUCGUCAUCUCAGCUGUUGCCUCCACCGAUGCAAAAACUCAGUUCGUUCCAUUCAAGUUUCCGGAACCUUUUGAACGACAGUCCAAAUCCAGGUUGUUCAGCGUUGGUGGGAAGUUUUGCACAUUUAUCGCAGCAUAUCGCUGCUUCCAAAUUCGUUCCGAAUGACGUCCCGCCUUCAUCGGGUAAUACAAUCCAACCCAAUAUCCGGGGGCUACGAGAAAACACUUUACUUAUUCCCUCAAGCUAUUCACCUAGACCAAGGGUACGCACCACGACUUGUUCUGGCGAAUCCGACACCUCCGCUCGUGAUUCAGGACUCAGUUCUCAUUCGAGUAGUUCUGCUUAUUGCGCCCCACACCAGGCUUCGGUGUUACGUGAUCAUCCGGAAAUUCCUAUUGAGGAUUCCAGGCCAAAUGAAGGUAUCUUGAAAUUGCCGCCACCUGUGCCUCCGCAUGCACCCAAAUCACAUGCAGCAGCUGCAAGGACAGUUGCGGAAAAUACUGAAACUCGUCAUCCUUCUGUUCCGAGGGGAUUUGGAUUGGAGCCCACCGGUCGAUUGAAGGAUGUUACAAUUCGCCUACCACGCUAUUGUCGGAACCCCUGUCGAACGGUAACACCGUUUACGGACAAGUCGAUGUUGAUGCGGCCUUUGUCGAGUCCAUCAGGUACAUUAAAUGAACCUACCUCACCUAUUUGGAAGCGAAAACAGCGAAUCUCUGCCCGUUCAUCCCAGCCGUGUUCUGGUGUAAAUGAAACACCAACACAGUCGGAUGUGAUUGGGCAAGACUCUUGUCCCUUGGUCGCCCCAUCAGCUCUCCCCAAGCCAGCUAUCACUUGUCCAGCCUGCGCUGCAGCCAAACAAUAUUUCCUCUGUUUGGAUGCACUACCCCGACUGGAUUACGUGGAUACAUCAUACAUGGGGAAGUUCAAUUGUGAGACCUGCUUUGCCAUCACUCGAAGCGUGGGCGUCAAUUGUUUCAAUCGUGAUCCCACUCGUAGCCUGACGUUUCUGGAGAGGCAUGGCUUUCUACGAACUAGCCGCCCAGAUUCGAUUGCUCAUUUUAUACUCUCCACCCCGGGUCUCUGUCGGUCUCAGCUAGGGGCUUUUCUUGGUGGGACACAAUCUGGAGUUGUAUCACCUUCUGCUGUGAUGAAAUGUCUUUUCCAUUCCCUCGACUUCCGUGAGAGCGAAGUGGAUGAAGCCAUACGGGAAGCUGUGCAUCGGUUUGGCAUGCCUGUGGAAUCGCAAGAGAUCGGGCGGUACCUCGAGUGUCUUGCUGAGCGCUAUCACGAGUCACGCUGGCCUCCAGAGGGUGCUUUGUGUGCUCCUGUAACAGUGAAUCAGAUUUUGUUAUUGUUCUACUCGGUCCUGUUGCUACAAACUAGCUUGCACAAUGAAAGCGCUGCGCGCACCAGCUUGGGCAAACAGACUGUGAGCAUGUUCACAAAAAACUGUCUAGGCUUUCUCUUCCCAGAGUCAGAAGCAGACGCUCCUCUUGAUAAUGGAGAACAGUUGGAACUCCGACGUGCUGAAUUUUCCCCUGCAAAGCUUUCAUCAAUUUGUAACCGAAUCAAAAUGAAUCCGCUCGUUCAGGGAUUUGAUCACACUGAGCUGGUGGGCCAGAUUGCCAGAUCGUUAGUUCUUCCCUCCACAACUCGACCUACGAGGCUUGACCGGAAAUGGCAUUCUUUUGGACUGGAUAUGUUAACGGACUUGGUUCAACCCUACCGUCGCCUUGUGUUCUACUGCAUUAUGGUUCAGUUUAUCAAACGUACGAACAGCAGUAGCCGCGUAGGCUUGCUUCGACACGUCUUUCUAUUCAACGAUUGCUUGCUGCUUGCAAGACCCAUCCAAUCAGGCCGGAAGUCCAGAAAAUACGUAUUCUCAAACCAGCAGUUGGGCAGGGAGUUGGUCUCUUUAUUGCGUGGAGAAUCACACUCCCGGCCCGAAACAUUGCGUCGUCUUUUAGGUACGCAGUUUCGCCUCCCGUGUGGUCUCAGACCUAGCUCUCGUGACCAGAUUUCGACCAACGUCUCAGUCCCGUUUCCAGGAAAUAUUCACGCACAUACUCCAUUGCUCAAAAUCUCCUCAACUUCGGCCUGUCUUCCUAUCGCUAAGACGUCGUAUUCUUCCCGAGGGGAUGUAUUGUCCUGUCUGCAGCUCAACAAGCUGGUCGGCGUGCGUCGGAUUCCACUGUCAGAUUGUGUACUUCGACCUUUCGAAUCUGAAGGGUGUCGAUUUGGCCUGGAACUAUGGAGUUGCCAUGACCCGUCAGAAAUCCGACAGCUUUCUGGUCCGAAAGUGAAUGGCGCAUCAAAGAACCCUGAGUCCUGGCGUCCCUUGAUCACUUUGGCUGCCCUCACACAACCCGACUACGAGAAUAUUGUUUACGAUCUCAUUGACUGUUUCCGAGAAGUGCACUUGGUCAGCCGAGAACUUGCCAAAAAGUGAAAUACAGUAAUCCCUGAAUGAGGGCACUCCGGUUGUGGGAGUAUACCUAAACGUUUCCAGUCGGCUACGAUUCAACGAGAUAUCCCUCUGAGGAGUGGCUGAAAUGGUCUUUUUUGGGAGGAGUCUGGUUUCUACAGUGUAUUCAUUUCUCAUGACUACUAUGCUCGCCAGUUGUUAUACAAGUGCCUCCCUGUUGUCUAUUACGUCACUUCUUUUACUUGGCCGACCUUGUUUAUAGCUUCCCACUGGGGGCUUUUUUGUUACAGUACAGUAUAGUUGGAGUCCAGAAUUCUUCGCUCUCCUUUACCUCACGUCCACUCCUGUGAUUGUUGCAUUUCACAUCCCAUCCAUCUCUCCCGUUCUGUUCUCACGUAUCCGUUGGUCGUGCUCCACUGUGUAGUAAUCUAUUUCGUUUAUCCCAUUUCACUUUAUGCGUGAUUCUGGCCGUUAGCCUACUGUUUAUUUUGCCCCAGAUGUGCUAGAUUUUCAACCAAAUGUGUGAUACUUAUGGUUUUGUUUUUCUUUCAAACUAGGUAACUUAAAAGAAGAAUACUUUGACUUGUUAUUAUUAUUCCACACUGUUUCGGCCCUCCGGUCCGUCGCUCUUCUUGUUUGCAUUUACUUGAGAUUUCCGUAUUGUCUUGCCAUAUUGUUUUUUUUUAUAUUCCUGCCUAGAUGUGAUAGUUUAUCUGUUGUGGGUGCGUCAUAGUGUGGUAAACAUAUUCAUGUUUUAUAUUCUUCAGGCACGU